CUGUGCUUUGCAAGUUUGGCCAACUUGCACCUCGUCAUUAGCAAAGAAGCUAAUCCAAGAGUUGCCCACUCUGUCUAAGCAAGAAUAAUGGAGGAUGAAAAGAUGGGGGGAGUGGAAAUCGCCCCCGAAAGUCAACCGAUCUACGAUGUGGCGCAAGAAUGCCUGAGCCUAUUUCAAAAGUGCCCCCGCGAGCCGAAACACGGCUUUGGGGAGACGCUUUCGACGAGCCAGGAGCGCUUUCGCUCGUGGGCUGCCUAUCUCGGCGUCUUUGCACUCAAGAACGUCAGCCUAGAUACACGGCUGAGGUUCGAACCUGAGAUUCGAGACCUGGCAAUGCUGCUCCUGGAUGUUUGUCGGAGCGACUUGCGACGAGCGAUUCGGCUUGCUUCGAAGGGAUCGCUCAUACGGCGCGACUCGUUCCCCAAAGAGGGUGCCGCGGCCAGUUUUCCUGGUGGCGACCCCCUACCUCUGUCGAAAGAAGCCAAGGGUGCCCUUUACGGCAUCGUCGGGUCUAUCGACAGGCUUCACCGCCUCGCUGUCAGAAUCAGAACGUCGUCAAGGGACGACCAGAAGCUGGAGGAGAGGGUGGCCGAGUUCGCGAAAAAGCUCAUGCCUGACGGUUUUGGCGAUAUUGUUUGGCUUAUCCUGAAGUACAAGUUUCCAAAGGCGAACGAAGGAUUGAUCGAGAAACUAACCAAGAGCAUCGUAUUUCGCCGCCACCGUCUGCUAUACCAACGCCACCAUUACAAAAAACUAAGCUACGUUCGAUUUCAGAGCACUUCCCAGACUGAGCAGCCGCCGGAUUCGAGCGUGCCUAUAGCAGUGGGAGGAGAACAACAACAUCAGGAAAAGCAGCAGCCCUCGUCACAAGCGGAUUUGGAUGGCAGGCGGAAACGCUGGGGCAAGCGCCCCGAUUGCAUGGGGGAGGGCACAGAAACCGAAUUCCUUUCCAACACCAACCCGACCCUUUUCGUGAGGGACCGGUUUGACCGGCAGGACGAUAUCAGGGAUAAGCGACCAGCCCCGACCGUGGUUACCAGCGGAUCUUCAUGGGUGGGCAAGAUCGUGUACCCCUGCGCCCCAAAGGCGGAGGGAGCUUCUUCCCACACAACCUGUCCGUUCUGCUUUCAGGAGCUUCGCGUCGUGGAUAAUGAAGAACCCAAAUGGUGGAAGAGGCAUGUUGACAGCGACUUGCAGCAUUUCAUUUGCCUCUCCGACCAGUGCCCCCAGUCGCUUCACUACUUCAGCACUUUUACCUCCUGGCUCGACCACAUGGAGUCGGAGCACGAACCAGAUUGGCCCAUGUUCAUCUACCCAAACAGCAGCGAAUGGAGAUGCCCUCUCCCUCGAUGCCGCGUCGAUACCUUCCCAGACGCGGCCUCGUUCAAGGAGCAUAUUGCCGCGCUUCACUCGAACGAGAUUGACCCGUCCGACUUGGAGCUAGUGGCAGACAACAGCAGACUCCCUCAACCUCGAGAAACCGAUUUAUGUCCGCUGUGUCACGAGUCAGUUAGUAAGACCUUACCUCCGAUUCAGGACGAUGAGACAGCGGAACCGGAGGGAACCAAGGAAACCGGGAAAACCAAGCAAUCCGAGGAGAAGAGGAAGCCGCGGAAAGCGGUAGUGAGGUUCGUCGACGAUGACAGUCAGGCCGCAAGCUCUGGAGAGACGGAGCCUAUAGAUGGCGAUAUCAAACAGAAGAGCCAUCAGCCUGCUGAUAGUGGCGACUCAACCACGGGCGUGAAAUCCACGUUCACGAUGGCGAAGCACAUUUCCAGGCACCUGGAGAAUAUCUCGUUUCUAUCUCUUCGCGGCCUGGAGCCCGACGAUGACGAGGACUCUCCGGGUUCGGGGUCGAGGCUGCAGGGAAGCGACCACUCUAGUGCCAACGACUCGAUCGCCUUCGAGUGCGUGAGCGAACGGGCUGAGACUUUUGUCUCGUCCGAAACUUGGGCUUAUGUGGUACGUGUCCGGUUUGUUUCCAACCCUUCAGCAUAGUUAGUACGUACCCAUCGAGACUGGUGCAGCGAAUGCUAAACAACAUGAUUUGGUCUCGCAAAUCAGCGAGGCAAUCUUCACAGUGCUGGCGAAACCGCGCCGGCUGUUUUCGCCAUGCCCAACACCUCGCGAGGAAGGGCCGGCGGAGAAGAACACGAGCGGGACUACCUAGACUUGCCGGACCGUGGCAUAUUGGCGCGUUU